UGUGUGUACAAAUUCUUUAGGAUUCUUUGAGUUUUUUGCUUUGUUUAAAAAUUCUAAAAAGGAAAACUCCAGGCGAAGCUGGGUUCUUUAUAAAAGUGAUUUUCGUAUUUGUGCAAUAUGUGUAUCUAGCAGAGUCAAAGAUACUUUCCCGUUGUUAAAAGAGAUAUUUAAAAUUACGUCGUGAGUUCCUUUAACAUGUGAAUGAAAGAUUUUUAUAUUAAGAUAAAGGAGGAGAAGCUUGAAGAGCUGGUUGUAAGGGAUAAACCUGCCUUGAGAGCAACUCAUUCUCUGAAAACAGUUCUAGAGGUUGAGGAGAUGAGUAAAUGUGUAGGACGGAUAUCUAGUAAUCUUGCUCCGUUCUCCGCCCUUCUCUCCUCUCCAGGGAGAAAAGACAAGGUUGAACCUGAUAUUCAACAUACGGAUGCAAACCCAGAUCCUGGUCAACAAAAUAGUCAUAAUAAUGACGUGAUGACUACAGAAGAGUUAAGUAGUAUCCAAAAUGACGAGGAAAAGACUACUGAAGUAAAGACUAGUCUCCAAAGCAGUGAAAAGACUACUGUGGGAUUGAAUAGUCUCCUAGUUCUGUUUAAGGAUCCAAUGUUUAGACGAUUAAUGAGAGUACAUAACACUAUUCAACUAGUUCAAUGCUUUCGUUGUCCACCACCUCCACUCUGCACAGAUGCUAGAGAUCUGGUUCAAGAGUGCAUGGUUUCCCUGCAAGGUAGUCCUCUUCCAGAAUCUGUCGAAAUAUUAGAUAUUUUAAACAAAAUUGAAUUCGAGGGACUUUUCUACUCCCACGAUAAACUGGCAGAUUUACAG